ACCUCGCAAGAGCAGCCGCGGCGCCACUAUGCUGACAAGAGGAUCAAGGUGGCAAAGCCAGUGGUGGAGAUGGACGGUGACGAGAUGACCCGCAUUAUCUGGCAGUUCAUCAAGGAGAAGCUCAUCCUGCCCCACGUGGACAUCCAGCUGAAGUAUUUUGACCUCGGGCUCCCAAACCGUGACCAGACCAAUGACCAGGUCACUAUCGACUCUGCGUUGGCCACCCAGAAGUACAAUGUGGCUGUCAAGUGUGCCACCAUCACCCCUGAUGAGGCCCGUGUGGAAGAGUUCAAGCUGAAGAAAAUGUGGAAAAGUCCCAACGGAACCAUCCGGAACAUCCUUGGGGGGACUGUCUUCCGGGAGCCCAUUAUCUGCAAAAACAUCCCACGCCUUGUCCCUGGCUGGACCAAGCCCAUCACCAUUGGCAGGCAUGCCCAUGGCGACCAGUACAAGGCCACAGAUUUCGUGGUGGACCGGGCUGGCACGUUUAAGAUGGUCUUUACCCCGAAGGACGGCAGCAGUGCCAAGGAGUGGGAGGUGUACAACUUCCCCAUGGGCGGUGUGGGCAUGGGCAUGUACAACACGGAUGAGUCUAUCUCGGGUUUUGCGCACAGCUGCUUCCAGUAUGCCAUCCAGAAGAAGUGGCCGCUGUACAUGAGCACUAAGAACACCAUUCUGAAAGCCUAUGACGGGCGUUUCAAGGACAUCUUCCAGGAGAUCUUUGACAAGCACUAUAAGACGGACUUCGACAAGAAUAAGAUCUGGUAUGAGCACCGGCUUAUUGAUGACAUGGUGGCUCAGGUCCUGAAGUCUUCGGGAGGCUUUGUGUGGGCCUGCAAGAACUACGACGGGGACGUGCAGUCAGACAUCCUGGCCCAGGGCUUUGGCUCCCUUGGCUUGAUGACGUCUGUGCUUGUCUGUCCGGAUGGGAAGACCAUUGAGGCUGAGGCUGCUCAUGGGACAGUCACCCGCCACUAUCGGGAGCAUCAGAAGGGCCGGCCUACCAGUACCAACCCCAUUGCCAGCAUCUUUGCCUGGACACGUGGCCUAGAGCACCGGGGGAAGCUGGACGGGAACCAGGACCUCAUCAGGUUUGCCCAGACUCUGGAAAAGGUGUGUGUCGAGACAGUAGAGAGCGGAGCCAUGACCAAGGACCUCGCGGGCUGCAUCCACGGCCUAAGCAACGUGAAGCUGAAUGAGCACUUCCUGAACACCACGGACUUCCUGGACACCAUCAAGGGCAACCUGGACAGAGCGCUGGGCAAGCAGUAGGAGACACGCCGCCCCAGCAGCCGUGCACGGGCCAGAACCGGCGGCAGCACGUCCUCCCGACACGCGGUGGAGGGUGAGCCUCACGGCCCCCCUCUGGAGGCCUUUCUAGGGGACUUUUUUUAUAAGCGAGAUGUUUUUAAAAGUAUAUGUGUGUUCCCCUCAUGGUGACGUGGGGCAGGAACAGUGUGUCUUACCUCAGCCAGUCAGUAUGUUCUGCAUACUGUAAUUUAUAUUGCCCUUGGAACACAUGGUGCCAUAUUUAGCUACUAAAAAGCUCUUCACAAAA